CGCCUCGCAGUGCAUGCCUGAUAUCGUACAACGUUCGCUUACACAUUCGAACGCCGGAAAAGUUUAAAAAUUAAAAAAAAACAACAAAUGUAAUGUAGUGGUAAAUUUUUUAGUGCCAGAUCUAAAUAUGUAAGACCUAUUUUUGUUGUGAAAGUUGUCGAAAAAGUUUUAAUUGUGUGUUAAAUGAAAAUUAAUUUUGUUAAUUUUGUAUUAGUGAAUAUUUCUGAUCUUUUGCCAGCUUCUGGAAACGAAAAUUUACUUGCAAGGAAUAACACGCAAUAAAGAGAGAAGCAAUUUAUAUGUUGAUGUGAGAUCAUUACGAUGCAUGACGUGACGUAUUAAGAUGCUGUGAACUUAACAGAAGAUAGAGCAGGAAAAUUGAAACGUUGAGCAUGACUAAUUAAAUAAAUAUCAUCACAAUGACAAUCAAAAUGUCAAUAUUAACUAUUUUAAUUUGUAAUCUAUGUGUUAGUGCUCAGAGUAGUGGUAGCAAAACAUUUAUAAAUGAAACAUUUUUUAAUGACAUAGAUAGUAUAAUAAAUGCAAAAUAUAUUAAAGGUAGUAACGAAGGAAAAUUCGACAAUUCAGUUUUCACAAAUAUAAAAAGUGAUCUAAGGCAUAAAAGAAACUUAAACGCUAGUGAUAUAAGAAACGAAAAUAUAACCGAUACGAUAAAUAAAGAAAGUUCAAAAUUAGAUUUGAACGAUAAAGACAAAAUGGUUGCCGAUAGAUCUAAUACAAAUGAAGAUACAACAACGACCGAAUACUUUGAAGGGAACUUCACUGAAGAACCUUGUGUUGGUGAUCGUGAAUAUUGUAAUAUGUCAAGAGAAGAAUAUUUAGAAAUGUUAAACGAUUAUAUAUACCCACAACCGUAUCAAUGGGUUCUCAUAGCAACGCAUGCCAUAGUCUUCGUAAUAGGAUUGAUUGGGAAUGCUUUGGUUUGCACAGCAGUGUACAGAAAUCAUUCCAUGAGAACUGUUACCAACUAUUUUAUAGUAAAUCUUGCGGUAGCUGAUUUCAUGGUUAUCUUGAUAUGUUUGCCUCCGACCGUUCUGUGGGACGUUACUAAGACAUGGUUCUUCGGAACUGCAAUGUGCAGGAUCGUACUUUAUUUUCAGUCCGUAUCAGUGACGGUGUCGGUGCUGACUCUGACGUUCAUCUCAGUGGACCGGUGGUACGCCAUUUGCUUCCCUCUCAAGUUUAAAUCCACCACAAGUCGCGCGAAGACCGCAAUACUUAUCAUCUGGGUGCUGUCUUUACUUUUCAAUGUACCUGAAUUCGUCGUGCUCCAAGUGCAGAAGAACAUGGAGCUGCGAUUCGACGCGCAAUACUUCAUGCAAUGUACACCUACGUGGUCAGACGAAAGUGAUCUUAAAUGGCAUAUUAUAAAGGCGCUUUUCCUUUACACGUUCCCACUUCUCCUGAUGAUGAUUGCGUAUUGGCAGAUCGUCAGAGUUCUGUGGAGGUCGGACAAUAUUCCUGGACACACUGAAUCUCAUACACUUUGCCCGGCCAGCGGACAAAAUAAUUGGUUGGCUGCCAACAGACGGACAACUCCAUCAAUCCACGCCAACGCUUCCACCGAGGGCCAACUUCGUUCCCGACGGAAGGCCGCCAAGAUGCUCGUAGCUGUUGUGAUCAUGUUCGCAGUCUGCUAUUUUCCAGUUCACCUGCUUUCUGUUCUGAGGGUCGCCUAUGAAGUGAAGCAAUCCGAAAUAAUGACCUGCAUAGCUUUGAUCUCUCACGUGAUGUGCUACGCCAACUCCGCCGUAAAUCCUCUCAUCUACAACUUCAUGAGUGGCAAAUUCCGUCGAGAAUUCCACAGAUCGUACUUCAAAUGUUUUUGCUGUUGCCACACUUCACCUACACCAGAACAGAACGGUACUUCCUUCGCACCGAUAGGUAGCUCACGAGCUGGCACCACCAGGACUGUUGUCAGACGGAACGACUCUUGUGUCAGUUACAGAUUGACCCACCUCUCCCCCUCAAACCACAACAGCAUAAAACGAGACAUCGGAAGGAAUACGAACACGUCAUUCAUCGAACACUUGAAUGGAAACCGAAGACUUAAAGGUCGUGAUGAUUCCAUUAGUGAAUCUGCUCGUUUUACCCUAACCACGGAUAUCAGGGAUUGACAUUUAGGCAGGGACCUUCUCGUUUACACAGAUAGAAACCGUGACAUCGGCUACAUAGCCAGAAGUACAAACAGCAUUGAUUGUAAACCCUACUACGACUGUUUCAAAGGUCAAGGACCGAGUGGUUGCAAUGCCAAGGUUUCCGAGAAAAUAGAAAUAGAAAGACACAGUGACACAUACGCUGAUUAUCGUGAAUGUGAUAACGAACUGAGAGAACUUUACACUGUUGACGAAACGAAAAACGGGUUUAAAUUUAAAUUUAAUCGUAGUUUAAAUAGUCAGAUCACAAACAAGAAGAAACUUAAUAUGGUAUUUUAAAAAGUAUCAAGAUUUUUAUGACAGGAUGUAUUGAUGUAAAUAUUAUCUGUAAAUUUAAUAACUCAAUCAGCACUUUAAUUGCUGUCAUAUCGUAU